CUCACUAAACCUUAUCAAAAACCCAAUCCAAAACCCCUUAUAUAAAAAUUACUAAAACCCCUUCUCCAACCUUCAAAAAUCUUGAGAAAAAAAAAAUAUUUUCUUGAAAUCUGAAAAUAUUUUCUUGAAAAAUGUCCACAAAAGAAAUGGAAGUAGUGAGGAAUUUGGAUGUUGAAAGAUACAUGGGAAGAUGGUAUGAAAUAGCUAGUUUUCCAUCAAGAAAUCAGCCUAAAAAUGGUGUAAACACAAGAGCCACUUACUCUUUAAAUCCAGAUGGUACAGUUCAUGUGUUAAAUGAAACUUGGAGUGAUGGAAAAAGAGGUUCAAUUGAAGGGACUGCAUAUAAAGCUGAUCCUAAAAGUGAUGAAGCUAAGCUUAAAGUGAAGUUUUAUAUUCCUCCAUUUUUGCCAAUUAUUCCUAUUGUUGGUGAUUAUUGGGUUCUUUAUAUUGAUAAUGAUUAUCAAUAUGCUUUGAUUGGUCAGCCUAGUAGGAAUUAUCUUUGGAUAUUAUGUAGGAAAACACAUCUUGACGAAGAGAUAUACAACAUGCUGAUUGAGAAGGCUAAAGAAGUAGGCUAUGAUGUGAGUAAACUUCACAAGACACCUCAGUCUGAUCCUCCACCAGAGGGUGACGAUAGCCCACAGGACACCAAAGGAAUUUGGUGGCUUAAAUCAAUCUUUGGAAAAUAAACAUGCAGUAAAUAUAUAUAUGGUUAAAAAAAAAAAAAACAAGAGGACAAAAACUGUGGUGUUGUUGUAAGAGAGUUUUUGCUGUUAAUUCCAUAUGUUUUAAGGUUGUAUUUAUUUCCUAAAAUGUCUUUUUAUUUUCUGGAACUUUGUAAAGUUGAUAGUAAGUAGUGUCAAGUAUGUGGUGAUUGUAAAAUAGAGUUUGUUGUUAAUUUUGCAUUUGAAUUUUAUUAUGUAUGAAAAUGUUGUUGCUUUAUUUGGUA